AUGUCUGCCGAAUACCAAGGACAGGACCCCAUCAAGAUCGCUGAGCAGAGCGAACGCGAAUUGAACUCCCACGUCGCCAAGCACGGCCACAACGCUGAUAUCUCCUCCAACCACGGUCACGGUGCCAGUGACAGCAUUGGACACUCGNCCCUCGAGUCUGGUGUCGACGAGGCUGGAGCGAGUAGAUUCCCUGGCGGCAGUGUCUCUGUCGGUGGCCAAGGUGCCAGCAACAACAGACCCAUCCCCGAGAGCGAGGGUGGUGACAUCAACCCCUCCACCGGCAAGCUCUACAAGGCUGGCGAGUUCGAGGGUGCCGGAGGUCCCGAGACCAAGGCCCAGAUCCACCGCGAGAACGACGGCGGUGACGACGAUGUCCGCUCCAACGUUCGCAACUAA